GCAGCCUGAGAACACCAGAUGUUGCCUUCCUUGCAAGGAAAAUGAGAUGUAUUUUUGCCUUGCUUUGAAGUAUGCCAGGCAGAGCACCAAGCAUCCUAAAAUAGGUUGUAUAAUGAGCACUUGAGAGUGUUGUGAUUGUUAACUCUGCAGUAAUUCCAGUGCACUGACCCCAGAGAAUUAUCAGAGGCCAGUGUCACUGACACCCCAGCUGCACAAGAUCCCAUCCUUCCCAUGAGCAGGCAUCUAGACUCGCUCCUGGGGCAGGAAGGGCCACCUCUGAAGGUCCAAUUCAGAACAGCCUGGCACCAACACAGUCGGACAUCAACAGCAGUUACAACACGGUGCCUCCCAAAUUGAAGGAAAUGAAAAACCAAGAGGUUGCUGUGGGUCAGAAGCUAGUGCUAAGGUGUGAAACCACUUCAGAGUACCCUGCGCUCAGAUUCAAAUGGUUAAAGAAUGGAAAGGAAAUAACCAAAAAAAACAGACCAGAAAAUGUCAAGAUCCCCAAGAAACAAAAGAAAUACUCUGAGCUUCACAUUUAUAGAGCCACGUUGGCUGACGCUGGGGAAUACGCAUGCAGAGUGAGCAGCAAACAAGGGAACGACAGUACUAAAGCCAGUGUUAUCAUCACAGACACCAAUGAGAGCACCAGCAAGAUACCAGUAUCAACAGAAGGGACAAAAACUUCUUCACAACCCAUGCUUAGGAUACAAGCUUCAACAGAAGGAACAAAUACUUCCUCCUCCACCUCCACAUCUACAACCGGGACAAGUCAUCUCACAAAAUGUGAUAUAAAGCAGAAAGCCUUUUGUGUAAAUGGGGGAGAGUGUUACAUGGUUAAAGACCUCCCAAACCCUCCAAGAUACCUAUGCAGGUGCCCAAAUGAAUUUACUGGUGAUCGCUGCCAAAACUACGUAAUGGCCAGCUUCUACAAGCAUCUUGGGAUUGAAUUUAUGGAAGCUGAGGAACUGUACCAGAAACGGGUGCUGACCAUAACUGGCAUUUGCAUUGCUCUUCUAGUAGUUGGCAUCAUGUGUGUGGUGGCCUACUGCAAAACCAAGAAGCAGAGGAAAAAGUUGCAUGACCGCCUUCGGCAAAGCCUUCGCUCAGAGAGGAACAAUGUGAUGAACAUGGCGAAUGGGCCACACCACCCCAACCCACCACCAGACAAUGUCCAGCUGGUGAAUCAGUACGUUUCAAAAAACAUAAUCUCCAGUGAACGUGUCAUUGAGCGAGAAACAGAGACCUCGUUUUCCACAAGCCACUACACCUCAACAACACAUCACUCUAUGACGGUCACUCAGACGUCUAGCCACAGCUGGAGUAACGGUCAUACUGAAAGCAUUCUCUCCGAAAGCCACUCCGUGCUCAUCAGCUCCUCAGUGGAGAAUAGCAGGCACACUAGCCCAACGGGGCCACGAGGCCGCCUCAAUGGCAUUGGUGGGCCAAGGGAAGGCAGCAACUUCCUCCGGCAUGCAAGAGAGACCCCUGACUCCUACCGAGACUCUCCUCACAGUGAAAGGUAUGUCUCAGCUAUGACCACACCAGCUCGCAUGUCACCCGUUGAUUUCCACACUCCGACUUCUCCCAAGUCCCCUCCAUCUGAAAUGUCACCGCCAGUUUCCAGCUUGACCAUCUCCAUCCCUUCAGUGGCGGUGAGUCCCUUCGUGGAUGAAGAGAGACCGCUGCUGUUGGUGACCCCGCCGCGGCUGCAUGAGAAGUACGACAACCACCUUCAGCAGUUCAACUCCUUCCACAACAAUCCCACCCAUGAGAGCAACAGUCUGCCACCCAGUCCUCUGAGGAUAGUGGAGGAUGAGGAGUAUGAGACCACGCAGGAGUAUGAACCAGCACAGGAGCCUCCAAAGAAACUCACCAACAGCCGGAGGGUGAAAAGAACAAAGCCCAAUGGCCAUAUUUCCAGCAGGGUAGAAGUGGACUCCGACACAAGCUCUCAGAGCACUAGCUCUGAGAGUGAAACAGAAGAUGAAAGAAUAGGUGAGGAUACACCAUUUCUUAGCAUACAAAACCCCAUGGCAACUAGUCUGGAGCCAGCCGCUGCGUAUCGGCUGGCUGAGAGCAGGACUAACCCGGCAAAUCGCUUCUCCACACCAGAAGAGUUGCAAGCAAGGUUGUCCAGUGUAAUAGCUAACCAAGACCCUAUUGCUGUAUAAGACAUAAACAAAUCACAUAGAUUCACAUGUAAAACUUUAUUUUAUAUAAUGAAGUAUUCCACCUUUAAAUUAAACAAUUUAUUUUAUUUUAGCAAUUCCGCUGAUAGAAAACAAGAGAGGAAAAAGAAACUUUUAUAAAUUAAGUAUACGUAUGUACAAAUGUGUUAUGUGCCAUAUGUAGCAAUUUUUUACAGUAUUUCCAAAAUGGGGAAAGAUAUCAAUGGUGCCUUUAUGUUAUGUUAUGUUGAGAGCAAGUUUUGUACAGCUACAAUGAUUGCUGCCCCGUAGUAUUUUGCAAAACCUUCUAGCCCUCAGUUGUUCUGGCUUUUUUGUGCACUGCAUUAUAAUGACUGGAUGUAUGAUUUGCAAGAAUUGCAGAAGUCCCCGUUUGCUUGUUGUGGAAUCCCCAGAUCAAAAAGCCCUGUUAUGGCACUCCCGCCCUAUCCACUUCACCAGAAAAAAAAAAAAAAAAAAAAAAAAAAAAAAAAAAAAAAGCUGAAAAAAUAAUGAAAAAAAAAAAACUGUUUUCUUCUCUAAGACAUUUUAUUUGCUUUCCGUAUAUGAAAAGAGUUUUGUCUGCUCUCUGUCAGCCAAAAGGUUUGCUUCAUUGAGCACUGGGGUAAUAGUAGAUCCAACAGCAUGCUACUAUUAAUUACAGCAGGAUAACAAACAAAACAAAACAAAAAAAAACCUGCAUUAAGUAAUGUUACUUAUAGAAAGGAAGUAAUACUGUGAUUUUAAACCAAAUAUAUUAUUAAUCAGAGGUCAGCUUGUAAUCACUAAGAGCUGCCAUUUCAUUAUUUUCCAGAUAUUAAUUGUUCUAGUUAUCCCUUAGAAAACGGGUUUAGGUUAGCUGAGGCUUCGAACCCAAUACUCUAUUUAAAAUCUAAAAAAUUUAAAAAAAAUUUAAAAAAGAAAAGAAAAAAAAAAGAUUUAUAUUAGUUUAAGUUAAUGGGGCAAAUAUUAUAGCAGAUAUCUGUAACAAAGCAAGGAGGAGAUCUAGCUGGAAAACAAAUGCCACUAAUAAAAGUGCAAUCAGUUUUCACCUCUAUUUUUUAAUGUUGAUUUUUAAAAGAUGAUUUAUUCCUUUUUUUCCGCUCAGUUUUCUCCCUUUUCUUCUCCUCAAAAAGAACCCUGAUAAGCUUCUAGCAAUACCUUGUUAGCAUUGCUUUUAGAGUAAGGGUUGUUCUUGGACACAGAAAUUACUUUAAGGGAAACAUUUAUCUGCUGGAUGGUUUAAAGUGGUAGGCAGUAGGAAGGACAUAGCAAAAGCAUGGAGUUCAUUUCUAGCUGCUUUUAUUGACUCCAUUGUUCAGAGUGGAGGAAACAAGGCUGAUGCAAAGUCCAUUUGUGAAGUCAAGUACAUCAUGUUGGUUACAGCCGUGCUAUGCAUGGCUAUUAGAUAUGAAUGUCUAUGUAGCCUGUGAUGGCCUUGAAGUCUUUGACUAGUAAUGAACAAGGGUGCUGUCAGUGCUGGAGCUGUUGCAUCCGUUCAGACAGAAUCAAAUGGCCUCUUUUGCACUGAAUUCCUAUCCAUUUAGUCAGGGUCGCUCUGCCUCUUCUCUUCUUUUGAUUUUUGUUGUGUUCAGUUGGCACAGCAUAGACUCAGGAUUGAUGUGGAAAACAAAUGUUUUUCCUAGACUCCGGGGAUUCUGAAAAUGAGAACAUAUGUUCUACAGGUAUUACUGGACUCUAAAUAAGAGCCAUGUCAAGAGAACAAGAAUUUCAGCCAAACUACACUCAUCCUUUGGGCCAUGUCCUGGUCCCAGUUAAAUGAAGAGAAAUAAGUCAAAGAAAUGUUGUGAUACGUAAACCCAAGGAACUAAAGUCCUGACUCAGUAAAUUGUUCAAGCAUAUGCUUACGCUAAUCCCAGCAAAAGUUAUCUUCAGCAUGUGCUAGACUCCCAUUGACGCAUCCGGCGUAUGCAUAAAGUUAAGCAUGUGCUUAAGAGUUUUGCUGAACACAAUGUCCUAUUGGUUUGAGACCUGAAAGCAAAGUCCAGUAAAUGAAGCUCUUUAUCAGGAGGAUGAAAAUCUCACUGUAGAGAUGAAGCACGUCACACUAUUAAGAAUAUAGAGGAAUCCAUCUGACCACCAGAUUCAACAGAAAGGGAACAAUGAACUUAGAAUAGGAAGAAAAUGAUGACAAAGUUGGAUGCUAGGAUGUUGGCAGUCAAAGCAAAAGGUUGGAAAGCUAGUACAGCUUUGGACUACAUGGUGGCUGAAAUAGCACUGCUUAUUUGAGAAGUCUAUGGCAGACGGCAAAGCUUGGCAACUACAAACUGUCUGGACUCAAGUCCCCUUUGCCGUUUUUUCCCUAGCUGGCAUGUACUUGAACACACUUUGCCUUUGCAGACCAGAACAAAAGCUCUGUACAAAUUCUAGAUACCAUACACUCAUUUUCAUCCCCUUAGUCAUGCCUGUUUAUCUGCAAUCCCAUGCAGCAGUACAUCCACCUCCCCAGUAACUGCGGCUCAGUAGCACAGAGGGCCAGGUGAACUUUCCUUAUGCAGACCACCAGUUUCCAAAGGAUUUGCGCUCUUGAGUUUCCAGAGGCACUUGAAAAUCUGUACUUUCAGUAAGGUUUCUGGUACUGCAACAAUCUUACAAGACGGAUGAGCCAGAAAAAAGAGGGCAGAGGAACAAGAGAUUGGUCCCCAAAUCACCCAUUUUAGUGGCAGAAUAGAGAUUAUAAUGCAGGGCUUUCAUAAUCUCCUCCAGUAUAGAUCACCCACAAGGCCAGCUCACAUUCAGGGGUCUGUGAUAUCCCGGAUAGAUUAAUCAGGAUGGAAAGGUAGCUUGUUUUGAAGUGGAGUAAAUUAUUUGGCUACCAAAUAAGGUCAGUACAAAAGGAAGCAGCAAUCACAUGCCUGGGAGCUGGAUACGCAUUAUUUAUUCAGUGUGGAUCUAGGGGAAAAUGUCACACCUCUUCUGUUGCAGUGCCUCAAUGUGUUGUGCAGUCUCUGCUCCCCCCCCCCCCCAGGUACAUACAGUAGUAUAUUGAAGAGUAAGCAUGAAAUUAGGCUGGGGACUUCACAUGGACCUAAGAACAAGAAAAUACAAUUGGGGAUAUGGCUGCCUAAGCCCUUAGGUCUUUGGGGAGAACCCAGCCUUACAGCACAACUCAUGCAACAGAGAGUUAUGGGAGUUGCCCUGGCUUGGCACUCACAGAAGUGGAAGCAGGACACAGCCUCUCCCCUCUGGACUUGUUUUUGGCAUACUGUGAGGAUGGUAGGCAUCGUGAACAUCAGUCAAGUCCAUACCCCAAGGUUAGCAAGUCUACAUGGCCACAGGUUCUGCUGGCAGGCUGCAGCCAUCUCCUGCUGGCCUAGGUGCUGCGGACUGCAGCAAUGCAGAGCAGAGCCAGCAAGUGCCUACAGGGACGUCCAGCUCCCCUGGGGGAUGUUCACUUCAUUACCCGGACCUCUGAGCUAGGCAGUCUCAACAUACUUGUGCCAGGUUGUUCAGAUUGUCCUCUUUAAUUUCCAUGUCAUUUAAUUUGAGCCGUGAGCUUUCCCUGUGCGUUUAUUUAUAUGCAGAAGUUCUCCAGGAUAAAAGGCUUUGUUUAAGGCUGUGUAGCUGGAAGAUACUGUGCACAACCUGGCACAGCCUGUCUGUUCAGCUCAUGUAGAACAUUACAGCUCCACAGAAGUUUUAUUAUAAAAGAGAAAAACCUAAUUCCUCCUUUUGGCCCACAUAUUCCCUUCCUCACUUGAGCCACCCCAACACCCCCAGAUUUGAGAGAUCAAUCACUGCCUUUAUCAGGGAACCAGGGAAGUUCAGUCCUCCAAAACAAUACUCCAUCUCCUUGUUUCUCUCACACACACCACAAGCAGUUACCUGAACAUCCAGGACAGCGAACUUGUGUUCCUUCAAAGGACACAUCUCAACCUGUUGGACACUUCCUGGCUCUGCAGUGUGGCUACAUACCAUCAGCUGGGACUUACUUCUAGUAAGAAACAAAAAAAGCACCUAUGAAAUGCUGCAGAGAAGGGCAGACAAAGAACAUGGCCAAUUAUCAUCAUUUGUAAUUCUCUAUUCUAUUGUAAAUACAUCUUGUACAUACUUGGAUGUUUUCAUCAUUUACUGUCUUUAUGGAUUAUGUGUUAAAUAAGACUCUCUUAGUUUAUUGUGUAACACUGUAAAUAACAUAACGUCCUUUAUUAUUUAUGCAUAGUCAUCUAACACGCGGAGAAAGUUAUCCUCAUAUUAUUUUAAGAUAUAUGUCAAAAAUAUGUUGCAUUUUUCUUUUUGCUUUGAAAAAAUAUUGUAAUAUAUCCUCUUUUUCCCCUCUAUUCCUUUAAAAGAAAAAAGAAUGCUAAUUUAUUGUUCAGGAGAGAAAGGGGAUGUAACUGAAAGGCAAACUGUUCAAAGAACAUGCUAUGGAAGCCACAAGCUACUGAUAAACUAAAGAAUUUAUUAUCCCAAAUACAGCAAUAAGUAAUUGUUGAUUUA